AUGGGAGAAGAGGUGAAUCGAAAAAGGUACACAUCCGAUGAAAUGCGACAAAUCGCAAGUAAUAUGAAAGAAGAGAAUGACUGGUGGCGAUUUAUUGCUUCAUUUAAUAAGAUAGGAAGAAGCAACAAGAAAUGUAAAAUGAAUAAGAUGGCUCCACCGUCAACGACGAAUGAUCCGUGUGGCUUGAAAGACUUGAAGAAAAACGAUUUUUAUGAUGUAAUAGCUUCAGAUAUUUUCUUUGAAGUUACAGAUCUCCAAAAUCCUAAAGCAGUGCAUAUACGAAAGGAUUCAUUGGAGGAAUCGUCGAAUAUAUUAAAACAUGAAAUAUUCACCAAAAAACUGAGUAUAAAUAAAUCAGAACUGAAAGAAAUCGAAUCAGUUAAUCAUAUACAGGUUCCAAAUGAAGAAAAAGUAUGUAUUUGCCAUCGACCAGCAACGACAGUCAAGUGCUGUGAAUGUGGCACUGAAUUCCAAGGUCAUGCAGAAAGAACUUGUAACGAACAUCCACGACGGAUUAAUCUAAUGGAUAUACGUGAAUGUCCGAAAUGUCGAAGCAGAUUACUAGAAGAAUUAUACAGUUGA